GCGACAUUUAAAUGUGUUUGUUAAUCUAGAUUAGAAUAAAUAUUCAUCGAUUAAAGGUUUUGACCGUAUCAUUUAUGGAUUUAACUCUAGCCAUUGUGCUUUAUACAAAUCAACAAUAACAUGGACAAAUGUAGUCGAUUUCAGGUAAUCGAUGUGACAAUUAUUUUUUAUCUGGCCAUUUCCUUCCAAACAGUAUCCUCACAGUGUAGUACCCCUUUACAACUGUCUGCCCACCAUGGAACCGCCCCGACCAUCAGCUCUCCGAACUAUCCUUAUAACUACCCAAGCUCAAUCAACUGUCAGUGGUCGAUACAAGCAGAAACUUCGUCUUCUACCGUGGGGGUAGUAUUUAACGUUAUCAACACUGAAUCCUUCUUCGACAAAAUACGUAUAUAUGAUGGUAACUCUCCGAGUGGAACCCUCUUGGUAACGUUAUUUGGAAGUAAAACUAACGACUAUUAUGAAAGCACAGGGGAAUACAUGUAUAUUGUAUUCACGUCCGACAUGGGCAUCGAAAAGGCGGGAUUUACUUUGCAAUACUUCAGUCUUUAUCCCACAAUCUUCGGACAGAGACAACUCCUGCCCUGUUACUCCCAGAGUGCUCAGCAUACCAUAACAGUGACGACCACCUUAAGUCUGCAGCAGUCAUUGGCCACAUUUCCGGACUUCUACUCAGGCAAUGACUUCUGCUACUGGAAGAUUGACGCAGGAACCGGAAAUUAUCUAAACAUAAGUGUCCUCCUCACUGAUGACGCGUACGGCUCGGAUCCCGGAGGGCUUACUAUUUAUGACGGUAACUCUAAUGCGGCAUCCGUUCUGGGGACGAUAUCUGAUAAAUCGCAGACAGAGUCUGGUUCCGUUGUCCUGGGAACCAGUCAACAAUAUGCCUUUUUUGUGUACUAUCGACGAAGUGUUAAUUUGUACAGAGGGUUCCUUCUAAGCUUCAACCGAGUAGGGACUCCCCCGGCGCCAGUGACGGUCCCCACCAUAGGUCCCCCGGUGGUGGAUACCUGUGGCAAUACGUCACUGAUAGCAGAUAGUGUGGAAAAUCACAUAACUUCACCCAACUAUCCAAUGGACUACAACAGUGGUUCAUCGUGUGUGUGGAUCAUUCGGGUGGCUAAUGAAAGCUUGAUCAUCAAACUAACUUUUGAAGCCAUUGACCUAGAAAGUUGCUGCGAUUUUCUUUACAUAUAUGAUGGUGACACAACAUACUACGCUUUGCUUGGUACAGUAACUGGCAACUACUAUAACUCAACUGGACUUCCAGUUUAUCUUACAACCGGAACAGCAGUCAGACUCCAUUUUGUUAGCGAUGAGAGAACGCAACAAACUGGAUUCAAAAUUAGAUUUCAAGCCGUUAUUUCAGAGAUUCCAUCCUGUGUUAAUCAGAGCGUGACCACUGUGCUUACAGCCUCCUAUCAAGUACAGACAUUCGAAUCUCAUCCUGAAUUUUCAAUUCCACAAAAUUAUAACAAUUCACAGGAUAUAUUCUGGUUGAUAACGAAACCAAGCGAGUCUGAUAUUCUCUCCGUGCAGUUUCUGAGCUUUGGGUUGGAACAUUCCGAGAACUGUGUCUUUGACAACGUGACAAUUUACAAAGGAGCUUGUCUUUCCAAUCCUUUGGUCAAGACCCUUUGCGGAGACCUUGUUGGAAAUUCUACUUCCUAUACUUACUCGACAGGAAAGUUUCUGUUGAUGCGGUUUAAAACAGAUGCCUCCGUUACAGAUAAAGGGUUCUCUGUCUCCUAUGUUAUCGUCAACUCGACGUCAUCAGACAACGAGUCUUCCUCUGGACUGCCGGACUAUGUCCGUUAUACGAUCGCCGGUGUCAUCACGUCGGCUUUACUAAUCGCCGCGAUAUGUUUCUGCGUGUGUUGUUGUCGGAAACUUUGUCCAAAAACCGCCAGCUUAAGAAUGGCGGCAAAAUCUGAGAUGAAGAGAAAUUUAAUCCUUGUUAACACUAAUAAACCAAAAAGAAUUAAAAUGCCUAUGAAAAACAAGAGGAAGUCUAAAUACGGCGAUAAUAAAGUCUCAGCGGAACCUCCGAAAUUUCCUUUGGCUGGACCAGGUAUCAACCCUGUUGCACCUCCUUUUCCUUUAGAUUUAAAAGACGUAAAGACUGGAGAAAAGUCGACCGAUGUUCCAAACCGACUCCCACCAAGAAAGGAAAAGAAAAUAAAAGAGCCAAAACCAAAAAGUUUAAGUGAUGCUGAAAAGGACAAAAACGAUAGCCACGGUAACGAUUCUGUAGCUUCGUUUGAUCCUAAUGCUCCUAUUGACUUUUCUACCAUUCCCCAUCCUUUUGACUAUAAGGAUCCUUGGCAGCUUGCAAAAGACUGAAUAUUGC